AUGGGUUUGAGUAGUGAACAUGUUUCUGCAGAUCAUCGUGAUGAUAUAAUUCAAGGGUUUGAUUGGGGCGGACAAAGGUCAUCAUCAGGUGCGCCGCCGCCGGAGCUUUCAAAACCACCGCCCAUAAGGCGGCCGCAACAAUCAUCAGAGCCGCCGCUGAAGUGCCCGAGGUGUGCUUCCACAAAUACAAAAUUCUGCUACUACAACAACUAUAAUAAAUCUCAGCCUCGCCAUUUCUGCAAAUCUUGCAAGAGGCAUUGGACCAAAGGCGGCACCCUCCGCACUGUUCCUCUCGGCGGUGGCCGGAAAAACAAGCGCCCCAAGAUUUCUAACCCAUCCACCACCACCGCCGCAGUUCAUCAAGAAGAUGAUAAACCCAAUAAUUUUCCGUCUACAAUUCUUUACCAGUCCUUGAUUAAUAAUGCCACUUCGUCACCACCAUUAUUGCACCAAACAAGAGAUUCAUGUACCAAUAUUAUAAUCGGAAUCAACGGCGGCGCAGAUUCGACAACGAUAUCGACAGGUUUGAAUAUUAAUAAUAAUCCAAACGCAGAGUUUCACGAGUUCACAAGUUUCGACAUGAUGAGUAAUGCUUCUGUGGGUCCCACUUCUUAUAACGAUUCGUUAAAUGUGUUCGAUCAUAACUACCCGGCAGGGAAUCUUGAAUAUUCCAUGGAGGAAUCAACCAUCACCACUGUCAAUUACAUUCCGACCUCGUCCGGCAGCGGGCCCUCGUUGUGGCCCGGCCCGAACACGACAAGUUCGUUGGAAAUGCCGAGCUAUUGGAACUGGAACGAGAUUGAUGACGUGUUAACUUCAUCCGAUCAUCUCGACAUAUCAUGGCCGGAUGAUGAUUACGACAAAGCAGAGAUUAAACCUUAA